AUGGCGACCCAAGCCCAGCCGCCGGAGCAGCUUACUAUACUGCCUCCACCGCAGCCUCCGGCACCCGAUCACCACCACCAGGCUCAGCUACACCACCAAGUUUUGGCUGGGAUAGCCGCUCCGCAGCUAUCCCAGCAGCCUCAUGUAGCUCUGCCAGGCUACCAGCCGGGCUACCAGCCGGGUUACCAGCUUCCGCCGCCGCUAUACCACCCAGCCGCUCACCCCGCCCACCCGGCCGCCCACCCGAUUUUUCAACCACCGCUCGCGUACGGCCCCGCCCACAGAGGCCUCGCGAUAGGGCUUCAAAAUGGGCCUCCGGGUGCCCGUUUCGGCCACCUCGACCGCCCGGCUGUCGCGCAACAUCCCCAUCCUCCAUACUACUUGCCUCUCCACCCAAAUUUACCGUCAAACUCGGGUGGCGAAAGGCGCGAUGAUGAUUGGGAGCCCCAUUACAGUCAGCCAACGCGAUCGUCGUACUACGCCGGCCAUAGCUUUUUCGGUGAGUAG